AUGCUCUCUCGACUAUCCCACAAAGAGCUUUUGCAUCUGGCCACUAGAGCUGUGAUUCCUCCACUCAAGCCGGAGUUCCAUAAGGGACAAUGUGGCCGCAUUUGCAUUAUUGGUGGGUGUGAGGACUACACAGGCGCUCCGUACUUCAGUGCGCACUCUGCAGCUCUUUUCGGGGCAGAUCUCACGCAUGUGAUGUGCGAGCUAAACGCCGCACAAGUGAUAAAGAGCUACACUCCGAAUUUGAUGGUUCAUCCAUAUUUGCGAGAAUCGGGCAGCGGCACUGCGCCCGUGGACAAGAUCCAGGGCCUACUAGACCGCAUGCACGUCUGUGUGGUGGGUCCCGGACUUGGUCGAGACCGUGCCAUGCUGGACUCCGUAAUAGAUGUGUUGGAAUAUCUCGCAUCCAAGCACAAGGGCGAAACACCUGUGGUUUUAGACGCAGAUGGGCUAUUUUUGAUCUCUGAUGAAAGCUAUUCCGACAAAGUCUGCAACAUUUUGCGUUCUUUUAAACCCGGCAGACUCGUGUUGACUCCCAACGUUGUGGAGUUCAAGCGAAUCAUGAAUCGGUUUGGCUGUAAGUCUGGAGCAGAGCUGGCGCGCGAACUGAAAUGCGUCGUGGUGCAGAAAGGCAAAACCGAUCAGAUCUGGUACAGUGACUCGGUGCUGGAAUGCUCUGCGAAGGGCACCGAUAAGCGAGUGGGCGGUCAGGGCGACACACUGACAGGAGUUAUAGCCACAAUGUUGGCUUACAGCCGGGCAACAUGCGAUUUCAAGAUAUGGGACCCGAGUGAAAAUUUAGAAUGGCUCGACAUGGUGGUUUUAAGCUGUUAUGUGGGAAGCGCUGUGACACGCGAAUGUGCGCGUUUGGCGUACCAGAAACACGGCAGGGCUAUGCAAACUACGGACGUGAACGACCGGGUUGGUGAAGCUUACGUUUCUUUAUUGGGCGACACAUAA